CAAUGACCCCUCUCCCAACUGGAGCAACCAUCCACCGAAGGAGACAAUCUUGCUCGAUGGUUGUGACUACGAGCACUGACUCAUUGUUAUGGAGUUCCCUAAUGAUCCCAAGCCUACCGAAGACGAGAUGAUCAACGCCUAUGACAAAACACUCGCUACUGUUGUUGGCAGUGAGGAGGAGGCGAAGAAGAAGAUAUACUCGGUGUGUACGACGACAUAUACUGGAUUUGGUGCUCUGAUCUCUAAAGAGCUCUCUUACAAAGUUAAAGGGCUGCCUGGUGUUCUUUGGGUUUUGCCAGAUUCAUACCUUGAUGUCCCCAACAAAGAUUAUGGAGGUGAUUUGUUUAUCGAUGGGAAAGUUAUCCAUAGGCCACAGUAUAGAUUCAAUGAGAGGCAGCAAAAUAGUAGGAACAGGCCUCGCCCGCGAUAUGAUAGGCGCCGAGAAACAAUGCAGGUUGAGAGAAGAGAACCAAUGCAAAGACAGAACUGGUCUCAAAAUCAGACUGCACCCAUGCAGCAACCAAUAUCAAUGAAUAACCAGAAUUCUGCUCAAGGUGGAGGGUCAGAUUUCCAGUGAAGAAAGGAUAGUUUGUCUAGAAACACGCUUCAAAUUCUCAAUGUAGUUGUAGAAUAUCGGAUUAACGUUCAUUGUUGCAUUUCUUGUUUGGUGGAUAACAACCAGGUUUUCCUGCUUUCUUUGUUUCAUUGCAAAUUUAUGCAUAUUUUUGGUCAUUAGGCAAUCAAAAAUUGAAUAAUUAAGUGGUCAUCGUAUUCUUAAAUCCUUCCAAUAUGUUGUUUUCUAGGAGAAUGCCUGCCAAAUUGAAAUGUGAUAUAUUUCUUUAUA